GUCAUACUGCAAAAAUAGCUUUACAGACCCACCAAGCUAGCUGAUGAAAAAGCAUUAUCCUUUUUCAAAAACCACUAAUACUAAUCUAAAACUGUCAAAGAAUAUUUUAAUAGCUUCUUCUUUAAUUUUUUAUAUUCAUCUUCAAGUGCUUGCUUUAUUUAUUAUACAAUUUCAUGAUGUAAUUGCACAAGUACCAAUAUUUGUUUUUAUUAUAAAAGCAUGUAAUGUACAUUUUGUUCUUCCUACCAAUACAAAGUUUCAUCUCAUCAAACACACGGCAUCUCUACUAGUCUUCAAUGGCAGCUCAAGUUUUCACCAAUAUUCAAUCAACAAGAUAGUUAAUGCUACAACUUGUUAUAAAGCUGCAUUCAUUCCUCUGCUUUGUUUCUGACAUUUCAAGACUCAAACAAGGAUUCUCUCAUCUUUUGGCCUCUUGGAUUGGUGUUUCUAGUUCUUCUUGCAGCUAUAUAUAUCAGCUGCAUCCGGUAUCAAGGAUCAAUUCAUCACAAAAGUUAAAAUCAUAUCCAUGGAUGAUUUGAAUUGGGAUGGCUCACAAUUUGAAGAGAACACACCAAUCAUGUGGAAUACACAAAACUUUGAUGGAGGUUACAACAUAUCAAACUCUCUUACUCAUCAAAUACAAGAGAUGCAUAAAGUUCAAAUUGUUAACACAUAUUCAAAUUCUGAAAGAGUGAUGCCAAACACAAACCUUUCACAGCAUGAAACAACCAUGGCAGUCAAAUCAAAAGCUGGAUCCAGCUGGAGAGAAGAACCUUUAAUACCUCAAUCAUAUAAGUCAAUUUCACCUUACAAUAUUAUGCCAGAUUUCAACAUGGCCCACCAACAACAACAACUCAACAACUCUUUUGAUUGUUUGCUUUCAGCUAGUAAUAGCAACACAGCAGACACUUCUGUUGAAAAUGAUGAUGAUGGAAUUUCAAAGUUAUUUUCUGACUGCAAAAAUUUAUGGAACUUUAGUUAUGUCAGCAGUACUGCAACUUCCUCUGGUGAAGCUGGUAGUAAUGUUUCAAAUGGUACAAGUUAUGAAGCACUGACACAUGUACAAACACCGGACAAGGCUUCAAUCAGAAGUGUCGGUUCGAAUGGUACAAGCUAUCUCGCACAAACAUCCACACCAGACACACGUUCAAUCAGAAGUGUUGGUUCAAAUGGUAUAAGCUAUGAAGCACCGACAAAAAUACAGAUACUGGACAAACCUUCGAUCAGAAGUGUCGGUUCAAAUGGUACAGGCUAUGAAACACUGACACAUACACACACAUCAGACACACAUUCAAUCAGAAGUGUUGGUUCAAAUGGUAUAAAUUAUGAAGCACUGACACAAAUGAGGACACCAGACACAUCUUUGAUCAGAAGUGUCAGUGCUACAGAUUGUACAAGAAACAAAGACACGCAGUGUCCACUCAGUAUUGAACUUGAUGAAACAAUGUCUCAAAGCUCAUCAGAUCAAUUCAUGAAUCAAAGAAAAGCAAUACAAUCAAGUACUAUUCAUAAUUCUUCAUCUAUUGAAGAUGGUUUUAGACUUAUCACUGAUAAACCACCAAAAAGCAAGAAACCAAGAUGUGACAAGGGACCUUGUUCAACUAAUAUAAAUUUUCAACAACCAAAUUCAUCAUCAUCAAUGUGUUAUUCUUCUUCAAAUGAUCAAGAACCUGAUCCAGAAGCAAUAGCACAAAUGAAGGAAAUGAUGUAUAGAGCUGCAGCAUUUAGACCAGUGAAUUUUGGAAUGGAUGAUAUUGAUGUGAUUGAAAAAAAGCCUAAAAGGAAGAAUGUUAAGAUAUCAAAUGAUCCACAAACUGUGGCUGCAAGACAUAGAAGGGAAAGAAUAAGUGACAGGAUUAGGGUUUUGCAAAAGAUUGUUCCUGGUGGAAACAAAAUGGACACUGCUUCAAUGCUUGAUGAAGCUGCAAAUUAUCUCAAGUUUUUAAGGUCACAAGUUAAGGCACUUGAAAGUUUAGGGAACAAAGUUAAUUCAAUGGAUUGUAAUCCAAGUAGUAUUGCUUUCUCUUUUAACCCUUCUUUUCACAUGCAAAUUCCUAAUCACAACAAUCAUCAUUCACAGGGUUAACAUGAUUAUUAUUAUUAUGACCUCUAAUCAUUCAAUUACCAAAGACAAUGAUUAAUGUAUCUGAUCUUCAUUGUAUUGUAACUUUUGAGUAUAAUCAAAUCAAUAGUGACUUUGUUUAAAA